AUAAAGUAUAAUGACUGUUGCUGUUGACAGGCUGUCUCAUCUCUGACUCAUUUGGUUCUCAUGAUUAAACUUGCUCUGGGAGGCGCUUGGAGUGGACUCGGCCGCCGUCAAACCCUCUGAAACUUGUGCUGUUGAAAGUCAUUUAGUUGGAGGACAGAGUCUGAUUUCAGAUUUGAACCUCUAGAGAUGGAAACACGCUCGUGCUUGUGCUGAGAAAUUUACGCUUUUCGCUUCGUAAGCGCAGGACUUAAUCCCUUUUUCACCUGUGCCAGGUGUGAAAAUGAUUCCUGUGAAUGAGUUCCGGAACAUUACGUCAGAACAGAACCCGCAGUUCAGGGUUCUGAAGCCCUGGUGGGACGUCCUGUCUGAGUAUCUGGGUAUCGCUAUGCUCAUGAUAGGAGUGUUUGGCUGCACGGUUCAGCUGACACAAGACAAGAUAUCUUGCCUGCCAAACCGAUUCACAGAUCUCUCUGGUGGAGACAGGGACUGCAGUCACCUAAGGCAGCACAAAGAGAAUGAGAGUCUGUGGGAAUUCGCCAUCACCAAACAUCUCAGUCCGAACAUCGUGGAGGUGUUCGGAAGGAAGAACGGCCUCGAUAUCCACCAGUAUGAGUUUGUCAACCACUUCUGCUACGAACGUGCCGUGCACUGGUAUGGCAAGUACUUCCCUUACCUUGUGGUCAUCCACAGCAUGAUUUUUAUGGUGGCCAGCAGCUUCUGGUUCAAGUUCCCAGGGACGUCGUCCAAGAUCGAGCUGUUUGUAAUCAUACUGGGGAAAUGCUUCGACUCACCCUGGACCACAAGAGCCAUCAGCGAAGUGUCCGAGGAAAGGCGAGAAGAGAGAAUGGUCAUUUGGAGAAAGAAUACAAUGACCAAAUCAGCCACAGACAACGACGACGACAUGGUGUCUCUGAUCCGAUCUUCCGUGAAGGACCAGAAAUCGGCAGAGUCAGCUGCGUCACUCUUGGAUAAAAAAGAAGGCGAGCAAGCCAAGGCACUGUUUGAAAAAGUCAAGAAGUUUCGGACACAUGUUGAGGAAGCAGAUCUUCUUUACCUCAUGUACGUGCUACAGACGGUGCUGAAAGUCUUCAAAUUUGUUCUCAUCACUGUUUAUAGCAUUGUGUUGGUUCCAAAUAUCCAGAUUGUCGUGAUGUGCUCGGUGCCUCCAGAUUUGACGGGGUUUGGGGCGUUCUGCUGUAACUACAAUAAAGCACAUCUGUUCUCCAAAUUAGCAUAUUGUUACAUAUGCUUCGUCGGGGUGUAUGGACUGCUGUGUAUCUAUUCACUUUAUUGGCUGUUUCAUCGACCACUUAAAGAGUAUUCCUUUGAGGCGGUCCGCUUGGAGACCGGAAUUAACGACAUCCCGGAUGUUAAAAAUGAUUUUGCAUUUCUCCUGCACCUCAGUGACCAGUACGAUGCUUUGUACUCCAAACGCUUUGCCGUCUUCCUUUCUGAGGUGAGCGAAUGCCGCUUGAGGCAGAUGAACCUCAACAACGAGUGGACGGCCAAUAAACUCCGCGCUCGGCUGGCGCGCAAUGCGAGCGAGAGGUUGGAGCUCCACUUGUUCAUGCUGCCAGGGUUACCGGACACUGUCUUUGAGGUUUCGGAAGUGGAGUCACUCAAACUGGAACUGAUAAGCAAUGUCACGGUCACUGGAAGCGUAACGCAGCUCACAGCCUUACAGGAGAUCGCGUUGAUCCACAGUCCGGCCAAGCUCCAGCUAGCGGCUCUCAAUCAUCUGCGCGAGAACCUGAAAGUUCUACGUCUGACCUUUGAGGGACCGGACCAAGUGCCUCUGUGGAUGUACACCUUACAGAACCUGGAAGAGCUUCACCUGAGCGGCCCUCUAAACAACGAGCUCUCUCGCAAUCCGUCCCUGGACACUUUACGUGAGCUUAAAAAUCUGCGUGUGCUGACGUUACGUAGUAAACUGACCAAGAUACCGCCCAGUAUUGUGGACGUUUCGAAUCAGCUCUUGCGACUGUGCGUUCACAACGAGGGGACCAGGCUUCAGGUUUUCAACAGCCUGAAGAAGCUGGUUAACCUGGCCGCUCUGGAUCUGACAGGCUGUGGUCUUGAGCGAAUCCCCAGCGCAGUCUUCAGCCUUUCCCACCUGCAGGAGCUGGACCUUAGAGAGAACCGGCUUACCACCGUAGAAGAAAUCUUGAGUUUGCAACACUGCCGCCGUUUGACGACCCUCAAACUCUGGCACAAUGACAUUUCCUACAUCCCAGAGCACGUCAGCAAACUCCGCGCCCUGGAGAUGCUGGACGCCAGUUGGAACAAGAUCCGCACGCUUCCACUGCGCCUGUGUUACUGUACCAAACUCCGACAUCUGGACCUCUCCCACAACCAGCUGACAUCCCUGCCCUCUGAGAUCGGCGUCCUACAGUGUCUGCAGUUCCUCUCGGUGGCCUUUAAUUCUCUGGAGAGUCUCCCUGAAGAGCUGUUCUCUUGCAAGAGGCUGAAAGUCCUAGCGUUGGGAAAUAACAGCAUUUCCACCUUGUCUCCACGGAUUGGGAAUCUGGCUCAGCUGGUUCGGCUUGAGCUGAAGGGAAACAGGCUGGAUUCUCUGCCUGCAGAAAUCGCCGACUGUCCCUCGCUGAAACUGACUGCUCUGAUAGCGGAAGACAGUCUGAUGGACCUGCUACCUCCAGACGUGAAAGACAGAUUGAAGCACAGAUAAUCACUGCUAUUCAGACAUUCACAUGCCAUUCACAUUUUAAUGCAGUAUGCUUUGAAUAAAUCAUACACUGUGAACCCGAAUUUAAUUUCAGAGAAAUUAACCAAAUUAAAUUAGUUAAUUUCACUCAAAAACGACUGAAAGUUCCUUGUACUUAAUAGAAAAAAGUGAACUCAAUAACUGAUUAUAUUAAGCUGAUCUUAAACUGAAUGAGUUUUUAGUUCCCGGCAUGCCUUGCGUCAGACUGCAUAAGGAGAAUAAAUGUUGAAAUAGUGUUAUUUUGUGUGUUUUGCAUUAAUAUAAGGCAAGAUGUGUCAGUAUUUAAUCUUCUGUUAUGUUGGGACUUGUAGGGUUUAUGUUAUGUUGCAGUUUUAAAUGUUACCAUUGUGGUGAACAGUAGAGCCUGUGGUCGAGGAUGGAUUGCAUUUUUUUUAAGACUAUGUAUAUUGUACAUGCAAAUGUAUAGUGAUAGUCUCUUUGCUAGUUAUAUUAGCACAUGCAACUGUGCUAUUGCUAGCUUGUAAAAGAUAUGAGUUAAAAUUUUGUUUAUGAAAUCAAAUUGUAAGUUAGGUUAGUCAACAAUUUAAUUAAAUUGCAAUUAACAUGUUUAUGUAGAAAAAAAAAUGAUAAUUUUAAGUUAUGCUUACUUAAUUUUGGAGAUUGUUUACUUAAAUUUGAGGCAACUGAUUGACUGAGUUCUUUGACAUCGAUGAUAUGAGCAAUGAUCAAAACUCGAUGUUCACUGAUUACAGAUAUUACGUUCCUUUUCGUGAGUUAUACAAGCACAAUUCGAAGUACACACAUAAGUUGGGUCCUGUGAUAGUCACUGUGUUUAUGGCGUGAAGCAAUGAACUUUCAUCUGACAGACUCAAUAGACUGGAGUUGUGUGCCAAAUUAUGCACUAUACACUAUGCACUUAUACACUAUGUAAUUAUGCACUAUGUACUCAACCAUGUAGUGUAUGAAUUUUAUAAAGGUUAUUCAUUCAACAUA